AUGGAUGACAACGAGGAACCAGUCAAUGAUACUCAUCUUGACAGCAACAAUUCCCCACCAACAAGUUCAACUUACCAGGCAACUGAUCAAUCACCUCCACAACAGAAAGCCUCCAGUGACCCGACCAAGAUGGAGGCACUGAACCCUGGGGUGACACCGGAGUCUGAGCUACGCGCCACGAGCAGAGAGGAGGAAACACGGAAGUCUCGGAUCCCUCUAGAACCUGGCACACGAGCGACACCGACUCCUGCAAGUAGAGACCCCCAAGCAGACCGCGACCUCCGUGAUGCCAGCACAUGGGGAAACGUGGCGGCUGUGAAGCGCAUCCUGGCAGCAGGACGGGCUGACGUCAACAGUAAAGACUUGAAUGGGUGGACACCGGUGCUGUUGGCAGCACGGAAGGGACACAGAGAAGUGGUGGAGCUCCUGGUGAGGAAAGGAGCUGAUGUGUCUGUGUUGACCUUUAACGAUGACAACAUCCUUCACCUCGCAUGUAUGGGUAGUGAUGUGGAGACGGUGAAGUAUGUGCUGUCACUGAACGUUGUGGACAUCAACGCCAGGACCAAGGGGGGACGGACCGCGGUCUCCUGGGCGAGAUACUUUAGUCAUCGGCGAGUGGAGAAUCUGCUUCUGUCCCUCGGCGCUCAGUGA